AUGUGUGACAUGGGAGCACUCAAUAACCUAAUUGCCAACACGGUUUACCUGCAGGCCAGGAAAAGUGUGGACGGAGAUAUCAAGGAAAUGAGAAAAAGAUAAAGCUUGUUCCUACCAAGCCAAGCGCAUUGCGUUUCAGUGAUGCAAAAUAUUGAGACUGAAGUGUCUGAACUACAACCAAUUGGCAAAGCAUUGUUCCAUCAUCUUACAGUAUCAGUCACAGAAUAUCAAGCUGCUGUUGACUUCAUAAAUGAAGUUUCCAACUUAUAUCUGGCUGAGAAUGGGGUAAAGGAGAACCUGCGACAGAACAUUGUAACUAAAUUUCUGAAAGCUGAUUCGAAAAAUUACCUGUCCUUCCUCAGCCACGAACUGGCCGAUAAAUGUAAAACUGUUGCAGAAAAAGAAUCCGAGGAACUCCUGGCUCUGGCUGAAUCAGAAGCUGAAACGUUCCUCAUGGGACAACCUUUCCAGGACUUUCUAAACAGUCCAUUUUUUGACAAGUACUUGCAAUGGAAAACCUUUGAACGUCAGCCUACUGACAAAUAUUUUAUUCAGUACAGAGUUUUAGGCAAAGGAGGAUUUGGAGAGCUGUGUGCCAUACAAGGGAAAAAAUCUGGCAAAAUGUAUGCGUGUAAACAGUUAGACAAGAAACGACUAAAAAAGAAACAGGGAGAGGAUAUGGUCCUCCUUGAGAAAGAAAUCCUGGAAAAUGUUUGCAGACGAUUUUUUGUCAAUCUAUCUUAUGCUUCUGAAACCAAGACCCACCUCUGCUUAGUUAUGACCUUGAUGAAUGGAGACCUAAAAUUUCACAUUUAUCACAUUGGAGAAGAAGGAAUUGAAAUGAACCGUGCAGUAUUUUACACAUCCCAGAUUACCUGUGGGAUUUUGCACCUGCAUUCUCAGAAUAUUGUGUACCGUGACAUGAAGCCUGAAAAUGUGUUACCGGAUGACAAUGGAAACUGCAGACUCUCAGAUUUGGGGCUUGCAGUCAGAAUUAAGGAUGGCAAAGCCAUUAACCAUAAAGCUGGAACUAAUGGAUAUGACUAGAUUAAAAAAAAUGUAAAGUACACAUUCUCUGUGGACUGGUUUGCUCUUGGAUGCAAUGUUUAUGAGAUGAUUGCAGGACAAACUCCUUUCAAGGAUUAUAAGGAGAGGGCCACUAAAGAUGAAGUGAAAAGGAGCACAGUGGAAGACGAAGAGAAAUACGAGCACCCUAUCUUCUCAGAAGAGUAAAAUAAUAUCUGUCGACUGCUUUUGGCGAGAAACACAAAAGAACGCUUGGGCUGCAAAACGGAUGACCCUAGAAAACACCCUUUCUUCAAAUCCAUCAUCUUCCAACAAUUAGAAGCUGGACUUAUCAGGCCUCCUUUUGUGCCAGAACCCAGCACUGUGUACUGUAAGGAUCUUGGCGACAUUGCUGAUUUCUCGGAGGUCUAAGGUAUUGACAUUACUGACAAGGAUAAGCAGUUCUACAGGAAAUUUGUCAUGGGUGCCGUCACCAUCCCCUGGCAGGAAGAAAUGAUUGAAAUGUGUCUUUACGAUGAACUCAAUGAUCCCACCAGGAAGCCAGUAAAGGCAGACACUGAAGAGAUGAAAUCAGGUGUUUGCAUAAUUAUGUGA